AUGAAGGUGCUCCCUGCGUCUGGCCUCGCUGUCCUCCUCGUCACAGCUCUGGAGUUUUCCUCUGCAACCCCCUCCCUAUUUGCAGCCACCCCCCGGACCUGGAGGAACAACUUCCACCUCGCACAGGCGUACCUCGAGAAGUACUACAUGAAGAGAGGAGGGCACCAGGCUGGUGAGAUGGUUUCAAGGAGUUCCAUGGCCAGGAGGAUCAAGGACCUGCAGGCGUUUCUCGGCCUCCGCGUCACUGGGAAGCUGGACCAGCGCACGAUGGACACCAUCAAGCAGCCUCGCUGCGGAGUCCCCGACGUGGCAAACUACCGCCUCUUCCCAGGUGAACCCAAAUGGGAAAAAAAUACUUUAACAUACAGGGUUGCCAAGUACGCGGCUUCCAUGCGGCCCGCUGAGGUGGACAGAGCGAUAGAGAUGGCACUGCGGGCCUGGAGCAGCGCGGUGCCCCUGAACUUCGUUAGGAUACACUCCGGAGAAGCAGAUAUUAUGGUAUCUUUCGAAACUGGAGAUCACGGGGAUUCCUACCCUUUUGAUGGUCCUCGGGGGACUCUAGCCCAUGCAUUUGCACCCGGAGAAGGCCUGGGAGGAGAUACGCAUUUCGACAAUGCGGAGAAGUGGACCUUGGGGAUGAAUGGUUUCAAUUUGUUUACUGUUGCUGCUCACGAAUUUGGCCAUGCCCUGGGCCUGGCACACUCCACAGACCCAUCUGCACUGAUGUACCCAACUUACAAGUACAAGAAUCCCUAUGGGUUCCGCCUUCCCAAGGACGAUGUGAAGGGGAUCCAGGCAUUGUACGGACCUCGGAAACCAUUCCUGGGAAAGCCUAUGGGUCCUCACUUACCUCCUCACAAGCCAUCCAUCCCCGAUGUCUGUGACUCCAGCUCGUCCUUUGACGCUGUGACAAUGCUAGGAAAGGAGCUUCUGCUCUUCAAGGAUCGGAUUUUCUGGCGACGACAGGUCCACCUGCUGGCAGAGAUUCGGGCAAGCACCAUCACCAGCUCCUUCCCCCAACUCAUGUCCAAUGUGGAUGCAGCUUAUGAAGUGGCUGAGCGUGGCACUGCCUACUUCUUCAAAGGCCCCCACUACUGGAUAACACGAGGAUUCCACAUCCAGGGUCCUCCUCGGACUAUUUAUGACUUCGGGUUCCCAAGGGACGUGCAGAGAAUAGACGCUGCUGUGUAUCUCAAGGAGCCUCAGAAGACCCUUUUCUUUGUGGGAGACGAAUACUACAGCUUCGAUGAACGAAAAAGGAAGAUGGAGAAAGACUACCCAAAGAGCACUGAAGAAGAGUUCUCAGGAGUCCAUGGCCAAGUAGACGCCGCCGUGGAAUUAAAUGGCUACAUUUACUUCUUUUCAGGACCAAAAACAUACAAGUAUGACAUUGAAAAGGAGGACGUGGUCAGUGUGGUGAAGUCCAGCUCCUGGAUUGGCUGCUAAGCAGAAAGGGCUCGUGUUCUCCAAGAAAGAAAGGCGACCGCAGGCGGCUGAUACCGGAUUAUAAGGACUGAAGCGUAUGGAGACUAAGACUCUUCCCGGGGCCUUCAGUUCUACGUGCAACUUAGAGUUCCCUAAAGCAGUCAUGUUUCCACAUUUUUCAUAGUUGUGCACUCAGAAUUUUAAUCCUAAUGAGAAAUUAAGCCAACUGUACACAAAAUGCGAAUCAACCUAAUGUAUUUCACAGUUAGACACUCAGUUUUUUCUUCUCUAAUAUACUCUAAGGCAAGUUGAUAAGUUGAGUUUUUCAUUCCCAGGUAGAAAAAUUCCCUAACAGAUAAUUAUUUUAUUAGGCUACACCAAUACCAUACAAAUUAUGACUAACCUCUGUAGACAUUGACUUUUUGGCCAUCAGUAAUUAUGAUGAAUAUAAAUAUACCGAUAAUUACUAUACCAUACCACAAAAAAAGACACAAGAUUUGUUUUUUAUUUUACUUGACUCUGUGUCGACUCAGGUGUCUCUGACACAGAUUAUGUGAGGCAAACUUUCAAAUGAAUUUCAUACCUCACAAUAGACUGACACUUUGCAGCAGGAAAAUAUUUUAACAAAAGGCAAUAAAAAUGUUAUAUUAGAAUAGUUCAUUUCUCUUUUCUGUUAAUAUUUAUCAACCUCUCUAAUACUUUAUUUGGCAACAAAGUCUGUGUAUCUGUAGGAAAUGUAAAUUCUAAGGUAGUACGUGUGCACAGGCUCAAAAGAAAUACGGACAGAGAGCACUCCUGCUUCCUACCAACACCCUCAGUGGAGCUGUCUUUCACCCAUCUAGAGUUCUUCUGAAUAGUUUUUUAUAUAAGGGAGUUCACUUUUUUGGGCGGGGAGGGAGUUCACUUUUUAAUUUUAAUUUUUUUACUGUAAGAUAACAUUUUUUCUCCCCUGCCUAGUAUCAGUACAGAUGAAAUUAUGGCUGUCUUUCUCAUAACUUUUUAGAUCUUGCCCUCAGAAUAUAAUGAUCAGAAAACAUUGUUGGGGCUCUAAAAUUGAAUGAUGAAGUAUAUGUGUUCUUCAUAAACUGCAUAGAACAUUGGCCGCUUUUAACAAAAGUAAUUAUCAUUGUUUCUAUUUAUUAAAUAUUUUCAUACAGUCAUUAAAAAGACUUACUAUUAAGGAGUGAGGGGUCUGGCAGGAUAGCUCAGUGAUCUAAAGCACCUGCUAAGGCAAGCUUA